GAAACUUACUAUCGUUGAUACGCAUUGAGUUCACCCUAUGUCCUUUUGUAGACAUCAUCCCAGUCAAGGCAAGAAGCUUGCUGUCAAUUAAAUACCUACAUCAGUAGUGAGACUUCCAAGAGGAGGUUAAAACUUUUGCGAUAUCUACCUACAUAUUAUUUUGAAGUGAAGGCAAGGCUAGCAGAGUAUAAUCUUGUCAACACUGUCCAGCACUUGCGUUGUCGAAGAUUCAUAAGUAGUCAGUCACAAGGUCACCAACGAUGGCUACUGGCAGUGACGAGGAGAAGAAUAAACGCACAGAUGCAGUUUCCCCAGACUCUUCCCCGGAUGCAAAGGCCCCACUUCACGAAUCCACUCCGCAGUCUCCACCCACGUCGCCAAACGGUGGACUACGCGCUUGGCUAUGUGUACUCGGUGCAUUUUUUAUAUUCAAAUACUUGAAAGGGGAAUCACUGCAAGCUUUGGAGCUUUUCAGUCUUAUUAUAUCACCACUCUGCCUGAGUCUGCAUUAUCGAUAUCAUGGAUUGGCAGUAUACAAUCAUUUCUGGUGGUGUUUGUUGGCAUUGUAUCCGGGCCACUAUUUGAUCGAGGUUAUAUACGGAAUUGUCAUUGGCCUGGGCGCCAGCCUAGUUUAUAUUCCAACACUCGCCAUCAUCUCAACUCAAUUCACCACAAAACGGCCAUUCAUGAUCGGAUGUGCCUCCUUAGGAUCAAACAUAGGUGGAAUAAUCUUUCCAAUUAUGUUUCGGAGACUAGAACCAAAAGUUGGAUUUUGUUGGGCUGUCCGCGCCAUUGGCUUUAUCAGUCUCGGCACACUGGCUGUUUCCCUCGCUAUACUAAGCCGACACAAAGGGCCAAAGUCCGCGACUGGAAAAGCCAUUUUCGAUUUUAAAGCUUUCACUGAACUUCCAUUCCUAGGCUUCGCCGUUUCUCUUCUCAUAUUUGUAGCAUUCUACAUUCCCCUCUUCUAUAUCCCUUCCUACGCCAUUUACAGCCUCAAGAUUGAUGAAUAUCUCUCCUUUUACCUCCUAGCUAUUACCAACGCCCGUUCAUUCUUUGGUCGAACAGUUCCGUUCCUGAUUGCCAACCUCGUCGGUUCCAUCCAAAUAUUUGUUUUUUUGGACCGUUGCCGCUGUCAUCGCAUACACAAUGAAGCGGGCUUUAUAGUGUUUUGUAUUAUCUGGGGAUUCAUAUCUGGCGUCCUCGUGAAAGCACCUGCUGCAGCGGUGGCACACCCAACAUUAUCGCCCCCAAUGAGUCUCAUAGGAACUCGGUUGGGCAUGAGUUGGAUCACAGCGGCAAUUGGGAUCCUCGUCGGGCCACCCAUUGCUGGAGCUUUGGUGGAUCUCAAUACGGACUAUUUUGUCAAGGCUAUUGUCUUUGCUGGGGUAGUCAUGGCUGCUGGAGCAGUAUAUCACAUGCCACCCCUUCUCGCUGCCAUAAAAUACAAACCAGUGGAGGAUUGA